AUGCCGUCCAACGACUUUGUCCGAACUGUGUCUCGCAGCUUCCGAGUACUUGUGAUCGGCGGCUCUUAUGGCGGUCUAUCGGCUGCAUUGGCCCUUCUUGAUCUUUCACAGGGUCGCCUCACCCGUUUCAACCACAGUACCGAAUCUGAGACUCCUACGCAUCGUAUCCCAAUCCAUAUCACAGUGGUUGAUAAACGAGAUGGCUAUUUUCAUUUGAUCGGAUCCCCAAAGGCUCUGGCCUGUGAAAAGUUCGCGUCCGAGGCUUGGACUCGUUUCGAAGAUGUUCCCGGGCUCAAAUCUCCACAUCUCAGCUUUAUCCAAGGAAGGGUCAGUUCGGUUGACUUGGACGCCAAAGUCGCCCAUAUAAUCGAUGCAAAGACCAAUAGCAGCCGCACGGAGUCCUAUGACUACUUGAUUGCAGGCUCGGGGUUGCGUCGGUCUUUCCCCACCGUUCCCCAAUCCUUGCGGCGAGAAGGGUUCCUCCAAGAAGCCAGAGACCAUAUGAUGAAUUUAAAGCAAGCCCGCGAGGGUAUCGUUGUUAUCGGUGGAGGCGCUGUGGGCGUGGAGAUGGCUGCCGAAUUAAAGAUCCUUAACCCAGAGCAGAAAGUCACCCUAAUCCACUCUCGAAAGCGCCUGUUGUCCUCGGAGCCGUUGCCGGAUCUCUUUGCCGAACGCGUAGACUCUAUCUUGCGCGAUACAGGGGUCGAGAUCAUCCUAGGACAACGCGCUCUCGAUACGACCCCCCUGGGCAUUAAAAAUGGGACACGGGUCUGGAACCUCACGCUCGGUGAUGGCCAACAACUCAAAGCUGGCCAUAUUCUAAACGCUAUUUCUCAACCCAUUCCAACGUCGACAUAUCUGCCGAAGGAGGCGUUGAACGAGGAGGGAUAUAUCAAAGUGCACCGCUCACUACAAUUCUCCGGUGCCGUUCCCAACGCAGAGCAUCAUUGGGCAGUAGGAGACCUCACUGCGUGGGAGGGUAUCAAGCGCUGUGGCGGUGCAAUGCACAUGGGCCAUUACGCGGCACUUAACAUUCAUCAGCACAUGAUGGCAGAGUGCACUGGUGGAAAACCAGACUAUCAGACCUUGCAGCCAUUCCCGGCUGUGAUAGGCCUCGCUCUCGGCAAAACGGCCGUCAGUUUUACGCCGAGCGAGGGCACGCGGGAGGGCGAAGACCUGAUGCAGACCUUAUUUGGCAAAGAUAUGGGACAUACAAGUGCGAAAUUUUUUUUAUCAUCUAAAAAUGGCGUGAAUUGA